CCAUCACAUGAAAAAUAUGAUAAUGGUAGACGGAGCACCGGAGAAGUGACAGUUGUUCGUAAACAAGAAAGUGACGUCAUUAUCUGCAGUUUGAGGUAACCAGGUGUCAAGAUUGAAACGGUUAAUAUAUAAAAACAAGAUGCCUCCCCCUGAUAUUACAAUAAACGAGGGCGACGUGGUUAAACUCGUUGCCGAGUUUUUAGAAAAUCGCGAGCUAAACAUUGCCAUGCUUUCGCUUGAGAGAGAGACAGGUUUAAUCAAUGGCAUGUAUUCUGACGAUCUUCUGUUUCUACGACAAUUAAUUCUUGAUGGUCAGUGGGAUGACGUUAUUGACUUUAUUCAGCCGCUUAGUUCCGCAGAUGGUUUCAAUGGUAAACAGUUGCAUUACCUCAUCAUGAAGCACAAAUAUUUGGAACUAUUGUGUAUAAAAUCUGAUCCAACAGCCAUGCAGAAUUACGAAUUUACGGUUGAAGAGGUUGUUAAGUGCUUAAACUCUCUUGAAAAACUGUGUCCCACAAAAGAGGAAUACAAUAAUAUGUGCAUGUUAUUGACAUUACCACGGUUAUCCGAUCACAUUGAUUACCAGAAUUGGAAUCCUAGUAAUGCACGCGUCACUUGUUUUAGAGAUGUCCUACCACUUGUGCAGAAGUUUCUCCCAUUUGAAAGGAAAGAAGAUAAAAAAGCGUGUGUUGCAGAAAAUGACCGUCUUUUACAACUUGUGUUGAAAGGUCUUUUGUAUGAAUCGUGUGUAGAAUAUUGUCAACAGCGAGCAACAAGUAAUGGUGAUAAUAGUGAUUUGGACAUGGCAUAUUCUACAGUGUUACAAAAUACAGGGUUUAAUGAUGCAGAUUUAAGUCUGCUUUCGUGGCUGCAACACAUCCCUGAUGGUACAUUUUCCUGUCCAUUUGAGCAGAAAAAUCUUAACUUUGAUGUUCGUCCACUUAUUAAACCUUCGUUGGAAGCAUCAUGGUCUGAGCAAAUUCUAGUCACACCUAUCAAGCCUAAAAUGUUUCCCCACUCUGCUGUACCAAGCACAAGACCACGUUCUGCAGAUCAUAUGACAAGGUCUCUGAAUCCGCAAUUUGAUGGACUAUCUAGUGGAUUAGCUGGAAGAGGUGGAUUAAUGACUCAGUCGAUGGAUUUGACCAGACAUCCUUUGUCACAAUCAAUGGCACCUGGACCAAAACUAGACAACUCCAUGAAAAAUCCAAUGCAGAUUUCUAUAGACAAAUUAUUUUCACAAGGAGAGAGUGUCCAAACGCAUAGUUCUAUUGUUGAGGACCCAAGAAUGUCUACUGGUGGACCUGUGAUUCACAAGUCACCUGCUCAAAGUGUUUCACAGACAAAGUCGGGACCCCUUCCUCAGCACACACAGACAAAAUCUCCACUUAGAAGUGCCACGCCCCCUCAGCGCCGUACAAGCUUGACCAGUGAUGGGCCUCAAAGAGUCAUGUCACCAGCACAAUCUCAGUCAGAUCCCCGUGAGAGGCGGGACUCUCCAGAGCCAGGAAGUGUUAGAGACUCCAGCUCAGAACUGUUUAAAGAAUAUCAGCGACAGAAGUGCAGGUUACAAGACCAGCUGGCCAUACAGGAGAAACAACGACAAUUGUACCAAAUGGAGUUGAAAGAGAUCGAACAAAAACAGCAGAUUAUGGCACAGCUUGACAGUACAGAGGAGAAACAAGAUUAUGUGGAUAGCCAGUUUCCAUCAUCUUCCUCAUGUAGCACACCCUUGCUAGAAAAUGUAGAGACAACUGACAAUGACAUUCCCACACCACAGAUUACACCCAUAGCAAACAAUGAACAUGUCAAGGACACUGGUAAUGCUGCCGGCAGUCCUUUAACUAUCCCAUAUACAGAUACACCUACUUUCACACCUUUCGAAGACAAUAGACAGCCCAUUAUACCCAAUGAACAGUUUCCUUUGAACACACCAGAACUAGAAAUGUUGAAAAAAUUCAACGAAGGGAAAAACGAAAAUCCUAAUGUAACAGUUGCCAUGAAAAAGCCCAUCCUUGCCAUGAAUGCUGUUCAUAUGUUUGACUCGGAGAGCGAACUAGAACCCAUGAAUGAAGACAACAGCAGAAAUACACACGGGAGUUCAAAACCCAGCCCUACAGCAUUGGAUGCCCAACAACAAAAGAAGUUAAAUGGACAUAAUCGACCAGUAGGCCCGAUUCAGUCAAAUGAGUGGCCAGAUUCACAAACAAAUGAAGAUGGAUGUUAUGUGUUGGGAGGUGUUUCAAAGGUAUCGCAGUUCAAAGACCAGCAGUCAUCCCUCAAUGUAAAGUCCCAAAAUAGUCCUCCAAAUGUCAAGGGACAACCAGGGAACUCUUCCAGGGGACAUACAGCUGGGAAAGGAAUGCAACAUGCUCCGAGCUGUCCUCACAGUCCAGCAAAUAACUAUAAGACAUUACCUAAUAUGGGCAAACAGAAAGCUGGACAACCCCGGGAUGGGACCCUAACUCCAAAAACUGACCACCCAAACUCUCUUGGCUCUUAUACACCAGAUGCCAAGCAAGAAGCCAACUACCAGGAGACAAGUCACAUCAGUACAGGUAGUCUACACCGCUCGCAUCUGGAUGCUAGUCCUGGAGUGGCCUCGCCUAAACCAAGUUCAGAUGUAAAUCGGCCAAAGUUUGUGGCGGUGACAUCAAUGGAGGAUGCACAAGCUAUCAGAACUGUUGCCUUCCAUCCGUCAGGAGAGCUGUAUGCUGUGGGUUCCAACUCCAAAGUGUUACGCGUCUGUGCAUUUCCUGAUUUGUCCAGUCUCAGAGAGGACCAUGUGACAGAUAGGACAGAAGUUAUGUACAAAAAGAACAAACAUCACAAAGGAUCCAUUUACUGUAUCGCCUGGAGCCCCAUGGGGGACCUCAUCGCCACAGGCUCCAACGAUAAGACCAUAAAGAUGAUACGCUACGAUACACAGGAACACACUGACGUGGGGCCUGAGAUGGAGUUGACAAUCCAUGAUGGUACAAUUCGAGACCUGACCUUUAUGCAGGACAGCAUCAACAGGACUUCACUGCUGAUUAGUGGUGGAGCUGGUGACAACAAAAUCUAUGUGACAGACUGCGAGACCGGCAUGCCUGUCAGGGCCAUGGCUGGACACUCGGGACAUGUGUACUCUUUACACACUUGGGGUGGCUGCAUGUUUGUGAGUGGUUCCCAGGACAAAACCGCACGUUUCUGGGACAUGAGGGCGUCUACAGCUAUAACUGUAGUACCAAGUGCCACAGGCAGUGCUUUUGCGUCAGUGUGUGUGGACCCUUCAGGACGCCUUUUGGCCUCGGGACAUGAGGACAGUAGUGUUAUGCUGUAUGAUAUCCGAGGCUCCCGUGGGAUCCAAAGCUUCAAACCUCACAAGGGAGAAUGUCGAUCAGCUCGGUUCUCAAUGAAUGCAUACUACCUUCUCUCUUCAUCCUAUGACCAGAAAUUAGUUCUCACAGACCUACAUGGUGACCUUGGACGUCCCCUUCCCAGUGUAGUUGUGGCUGAGCAUGAGGACAAAGCACUCCAGUGUCGCUGGCACCCCUCACAUCUUGCCUUUGUCAGUACCAGUGCUGACAAGACAGUUACAACUUGGGGUCUACCCGUCUCCAUGUAAAGGUCAAAGAUCGGACUGAUAGGAGAAAGACAAGAGAUAUUCUCAAUCUCAUUGAAGGUCAAGUGUCAAGGUGCAUGAUUCAUCCAAACUAAUUGCCUGGCCAUUUCUUUGAAACCUUUGUAAGAAUGAAAAGUUCAGCUGAAAUGAAAAUUACAACCUUACUUCUUAGAUGCAGAGGUCAAGGGUCAAACUGUUAGUUCCGACUCAUUUAAAAGGCAAUUCUUGAAAGUUGAAAAGGGAUUAUUUAAAUUUUGCUUCCUGUAAUAUUUAUGUUGGUAAUGCAUAAUACCUUAACUAUCAAUGUACACUAGUAUUAAGUAAAAAAUAGCUAGGAUGUGCAAGGUUUGAAUUUGUAAUACAUUACUUUUAAAUCUUGGACUUGGCAUAAGCGGCUGUGUUUUGUAGACCAAUAUCUUAAUUAGUGAAAAAACUGUUUUUGUAAGCUUAAUAUUUUUAGCUUGCCUAGUCUAUGGCAUGGUACCCAUUGCUCAUCCAUCAAUCAACUUUUAUUCUAAAAAAUGCUGCCAGACAUGAACAACUUAGCAGAUUUUGAUCAAAUUUGGUCUUUAUGGUGUAGGGUAAAAAUUUUGUGGGAAUGAUGAGUCGGGCCGCACCAGGGCUUUUAGGGUCCAAAGGGUAAAUUGCUUUGAAUCAGAAAGCUAAAUGUUUGUAAAAGGAAAGUGUUGCCUUACAUGCAUGGUACUUAAAAGGCUAUGUAGGCCCUCUUGGCCUCUUGUUUAAAGAUUUGAGGCUAGCAAUUUUCUUGUAAAAGUUUAAAGGAUUUUUAAGCAGAAUACAGCAUCUCAUCAGAUGCUACGUCUUGUAAGUUGUUACUGACACUACAGUGUAAGAGAGUGUACAAUUCCCCUGAGUUGGAAGCCCACAGGUAAUACAUUUUAAGUCAGGUCUAGCAAUGAUUGUGACUAUUGAAACAUGGAUUAGGUUAUUAAAGAAUUUCUUUACACUUUUGUGGAUUUGAUGACCGCAUUACCAAGUCUACUGUAAUGUAGUAACAACAGGAAAGGAAAAUGUAUGCUACUAGCUCUUAUGAUUUGUUUGGCAGCUGAAUUGAUGCUGAAUUGAUAAACUACAUGGCAAUUUUGUUUAUUUGUAAAUUUUCAGUUGGAAAUAUGUGUUUUGCUCUAGUGUGGUUUUGUGUUUCUGUGCUAUAUUGUGGUAUACUGAGAAGUUUGAUGUGGGGGGUACAUUCUAGGUACCAUGUGUGUGACUCCAUUAUAUACAGAUUCUGUUUGAUGUGGGGGGUACAUUCUAGGUAGAGUAUCUCCGACUCCACUAUCCACACAUCUUUCUGUUUGAUGUGGGGGGUACAUUCUAGGAACAAUAUCUCUUGACUCCACUAUCCACACAUCUUUCUGUUUGAUGUGGGGGGUACAUUCUAGGUAGAGUAUCUCUGACUCCACUAUCCACACAUCUUUCUGUUUGAUGUUGGGGGUACAUUCUAGGUAGAGUAUCUCUUGACUCCACUAUCCACACAUCUUUCUGUUUGAUGUUGGGGGUACAUUCUAGGUAGAGUAUCUCUGACUCCACUAUCCACACAUCUUUCUGUUUGAUGUUGGGGGUACAUUCUAGGUAGAGUAUCUCUUGACUCCACUAUCCACACAUCUUUCUGUUUGAUGUUGGGGGUACAUUCUAGGUAGAGUAUCUCUUACUCCACUAUCCACACAUCUUUCUGUUUGAUGUUGGGGGGUACAUUCUAGGUACCAUGUGUGUGACUCCAUUAUAUACAGAUUCUGUUAGAUGUGGGGGGUACAUUCUAGGUACCAUGUGUGUGACUCCAUUAUAUACAGAUUCUGUUUGAUGUGGGGGGUACAUUCUAGGUAGAGUGUCUCUGACUCCACUAUCCACACAUCUUUCUGUUUGAUGUGGGGGGUACAUUCUAGGUAGAGUAUCUCUGACUCCACUAUCCACACAUCUUUCUGUUUGAUGUGGGGGGUACAUUCUAGGUACCAUGUGUGUGACUCCAUUAUAUACAGAUUCUGUUUGAUGUUGGGGGUACAUUCUAGGUAGAGUGUCUCUGACUCCACUAUCCACACAUCUUUCUGUUUGAUGUGGGGGGUACAUUCUAGGUACCAUGUGUGUGACUCCACUAUCCACACAUCUUUCUGUUCGAUGUUGGGGGUACAUUUCAGAUACAGUAUCUCUGACUCCACUUUCCACAUGUUUUUAAGUUUGAAUUGUUAGAUGUUUGUAAACCUGUUGUAAAAUAAUUUUAACAUGAUUUUUGCCUGUUGAACAAUGUCUGCCAGAUGUUGUGAUUGGAUAUGCUACAUGUAUUUCCAUUAAGAAAUAUUAAAAACCAUCUUGAACAAUAGAAUUAUUCUUAUGCCAUUGUGCUCAUUAUUUUUUGCCUUUCAUUGUGGUUAUCCUGAUCCAAAUUUGACUUUACUUUUUUUUAUCUGCUUUGGUGUCUGCAAAGGGAGAGUCUGGGAGUUGGAGCUUGGCUUAAUUAAGGGAUGGUUCGACAUUGUUCUCGGUUUAACAGUGUUCUCGGUUGAACAGUGUUCUCAAUUUGACAGUGUUCUCAGUCCAUGGUUCAGGGUGCUUAGCUUAAUGUCUGUUUGGUUGGCUUGGUCCGCCUUUGCUCAAUAAUACAGCAAUAAGGUUUUAUUAAUUUAAAACCUAAUGAUUUUGCACUGGAGAAAAGAAUUAAUGUGAUGAUAAUGUAGGUUAUCACAUUACUGGCCUGUUCUAUUGUCUCAUUAAUAUUGUAGGACACACUUGUAAUAACACAAGUUUAGUGUCAUUAAUUGAAAUAAUUAUUUCAGUAGCGAGACACAUGACACACACUUCAAUGUAAGUCUGUGAACACAGUUGAGAUUCAGCGAUCAUAUAGAAAAUUUGAUUUGAUAGUUAUAUUGUAUCAAUUAUUGUCUCCUGAAUAUAAGUUACUGGUGUGUGAUAAACAGUCCUAAACUUAUGGUUAUGUAAUUUGGUACUGAUUAAACUUGUUAAUUAAAUAUGUCAAUCACCCAGGCUUGUAAAAUCAGUCAUUACAAGUGACUACAUUACAUUACUGAACUUAAAAAAAAAAAUCCAUAUUACAUAUGAUAUACACUCAUGUAAGAUCCUCUAAAUCACCAAGGAUGCAAUAGGUGUGAAAAUUUACUGCACAUACGACUCUGUAACUGUUAUCGGUGUUGUAUGCAUUAAAUUGUAUACUGUAAAGUUAACACAUAAACAUAUUAAAUGUUAUUCAGUCUUCUCUCAGCUUCAUGAUGGACAUCACUGUCAGCAUGUGAUAUACAAGAUAUUAAUUUAAGUCUUCACAGACCUAUUAUAUCACAAUGUUGAUAUAUUUCAACAAUUUUUACUAGAUUAUUUCGUCUCUUCCUAGGAAUCUGUGAUACUUUAGAUCUUGAGAUUAUUGUUUUUGUUUUAUAUAAUUUUUUUUUUAUUAUCUACCAUUAUGAUGAUGCUUAAGUACAUGGUUUAAUUCAAACCCCUCUUACUCUAUACCUUUUACAGUACAGACCUACAGAAGGUGAAACCUCUCCAAUCUGAGCUUUAUCGUCACCAAUAUUUCCAUCCAGAUUUAGUAGGUUAUUUAUGAGUUCAUAUAUAGAUAUCAAAUCCUGUAGAUAGUGAAAUGUCCAUAUUCAACAGGGGGUUAAACAAGGUAAUAAGUCCAAACUGAUAGCGAUAUCCUGUGUAAUUCUUUAUAAUCUGGACACCAGGGCCGUUUUGUUCAACAAUUGGACAUGUUGGAUAGAGAAAUAAGAAUUGAUCUGGUGAUCUUGUGUUGUUCAUGAGGAUACUAGUCCAGUAAGACAGCUGAUGUAAACCAUUACUCAAGCAGAAUUACGCCAUAAAACAUUGCCAUAGAGACAAAUAUUUAUUUAUUUCAAUUAUUCAUGUUGAUUUUGUAUAUUUUUUCUGUUUUAUUACGUGAAUACCAAAAACUCACAAUUCCAUAUUGAUAUAAUUUGUUGUUUAAUUUGUCCUCUCAAUUAAUUCAUAUUUAAAUAGUUUUAAUAGUAAUUUAUUAUUUACAAAUGAUAUAUGCUUUUAUUUUAUGUCAUGUAUUGUGUAAUCUUUAAGUGAUAUUUGAGAAAUACUGCAUUUUCAUUUGUUUUUCUUUAGUAGCUUUAAUAUAAAAUCCCUCCAAACAUUUUAUUGAAGAACAAACAAUUCCCACAAGACACAAACUGUCUCUGCAGUAAAUCUUCAGAUCUGUGCUUUGCAUUUUCUUUCCGUCCAUCAAUAUCAGAAUAGCAGUACUGUUGUACUCUACAUAUUGAAUCUCGAGAUUCUAGCUCAUUUAAAGAUAUUUAUGUUGUGUUUGUUGUACAUCCAGUUAGUAAUUAGUAACAGCAAUGCACAUUAUUUUAUUUAUAGUAAUCUCACUAGUUGUAAUUCUCAUUUUGAUGAAACAAUAUAACCAUUCGUAUAGGAAUUCUCAACUUCAGAUUGUAUAUUGAUCACAAACACACUGUAUCUCACCAGUAUCUCACCAGUAUCUCGUGUUCCAACAUCUUGUUAUUCUGUGUGAUUUAUACAGAAACCAUUUUUGUCAUAAUACAUUUUUUUCAUAAUAAAACUAGUAUAUUAGAAUACAUUUAAGUUAAACUUUGUAUUAAAUAUGAUCGCAGCUUAGUUUAAUAAAAAAAAAAGAGCAUAUUACGAUUGUCUUCCAUUUGUUAAUUGAUCAUAAUUUCUUGAGCAGUUUUUGUUGAUGUACAGAUGAUUUAUGUCAUUGUUGACAGCUUCAUGUAAGUGCUGUUCUAGGAAUAUAUGAACACUUUGUGAACUAUGUUCAUUCCAUUUUGGACAAGCUCUUUAAACUAUCAUAUUUGAAGUAACCAUAAUUUUGAUAUUGUGUAUUAGGAGGAUCUGUCAUUGUGAGUUUAAGGUUGUGUUCUUACCAUAAGGUAAGAGGUGUCAUGUCUUCAUGAGCUAAAGGUUGUGCGUAUAUUACAAUAUUUUACAGUAAAAUAACCUUGUUUGCAUGAUCAAUAUAUUGAGCCUCAAGGGUCUUUUGUCCAUAUAAAGUCCAUCAUCGUUAGAUAUUUGCUACAUUCAUAUUUCAAUAAACUCAUUAUUUUUUACUUAUUUAAUUAACCAUGACAUUUAAGUUAAUGAAAUCCUAUGCAUGACGCAAAGGAUUUUAUAAAUUGUAUUUUAUAAAUUACUGUGGAUGAGGUUAUGCUUCCAGGUUUAAGGAAUAUUCACUAAAAACAAAUUUAUGUUUGUAGCAGCUUUUUUUCCCUUAAUUAUCUUGUUGUAAACCAGAAAGUAUAUUAUAUCAUAAUAUACAAUGUAUUGUAAUUUGUGUUUGGAACUGUUUGAUGUUGGGUUUUUUUCCUGAACAUGAUAUGACAUGUUAAUUGGUUUGAGUGGAUACAAUUGUAUCCGUCCUACAAUUUAGUAAAAUUUGAAGAUAGCUUCUAGUCAGAUGUUAUAAGCCCACAAAUAUAAUUACAUGUAUGUAUACUCCAGCAAUUUUUGUUUCCUCUUAAAUCUAUAAGAAUGUACAAGGUAUUUUUCAAGUGAAAAUUAUAUUUUCAAACUUUUAAUAUAAAUUAUUUUGCCAAACAGCCAUCACUUGAUGUUGAUGUUUUAGAUGCUGCAAUAUAAGAACAUAUCCUAGCAUUAUCAAGAUGAAAUGUUUUCAGCUCCCCUGGCCCAAAGGGCAUGCUGUGCUGUAUCCUCCAUCAUUUGUCUAUCCUACAUAAAACUUUUUUUUUCUUUAAACAACUUCUUCUAAAAAAAACAAAAGUCCUAGAAUCAUGAUACUUGGCUAGUAGGUUUCUGGGAUGAAGCUCAACAAAGAUUGUAAAAGAAAUGAGGACCUAUAUUAAAGGUCACAGAGAUCAAAUUAGUUCAAACUAAAAUGCCUUAAAAGGCAUAGAACUGGUUCUUUUGAUUAACCAAAAGGCAGUCAUCAAAGAAAUGAACAUCAAGUGAGCAAUGAAGGCCCAUUGGGCCUCUUAAACAUGAUAGUACAAAUAUAUGUAGAUCAUUACACAAAAUUUUAAAUUAAUUGCCUUACAAUUGUUUUUAACCCUAUAUAUAGUAAACAUUGCCAUUGGUCAUUAACAUUUGUUUCUGAAACAAUUUAGAAAUGAUAAAGUUAAGGUACACAGAUUAGUAAAAUAGUUUUUUUGUUGAUUUUUUUCCGAGGGAAUUAUUAAGUUCCUGAAGCAUCUCUAGAAUAAUGUUAAUUGUUUGUAAAAGUUCAUGUUAAGUAGAGUUGAGUUUAUACAUGUACUUGUUUUGCUAUUUAUUGCAUUACAAGGUACAAACAUUUGCAUACAGUUGACAGAAUUUUUGCUGCAUGAUUUUCAAACUUGAGUAUCUUCUAUUGUGAGUUCAAUAUGUAUAAUAUAGUGUUGUACUAAAAUAAAACAACAUCUGCAUAAAUUAGCUGUGUAAGUACUAGUACUACUGACUGGACAUCAUUAUACACAUGUCCGACAUUAUAUAUUCCAGCAUGACAUCACCCAUGUACUAGACACCCUAUGUGCUUGGUAUGCUGCCAGACUAUUAUGAAUAAAUCAUACAAAACACAAA